UUGUCGCCUGAAAUCUAUCGUAGCUUCGCUGAGUGAACAUUAAAAAAUUGAUUGAAUACAAUAAUAAUACAUUGUUCCGGAAGUUGUUGCGUUAACGAGUUUUCGCGGAAGUGAUGAAUUUCAAGCGAUCGUCCAUCGAGACCACGUGAUUUUCGUUAAAACAGCGAAAAUUUCCGUAAAACGCCCUUAUUGAUUUUUGCUGUCCGACUUGGGUGCAGCGAGACGUGCUUCGCAUGUUAGCUAUUUUUUCUAUUCGCAAACGACGAAACUUUUCCGAAUUGUGUUCAACGCGAAGAGACAACAAAGGAUGUUUUUAUAUAUCGAGUGACAUUGCAUUUUUCGCCAGUGUUUUAAAGUGUCUUCCAGUGGUUGCGAAAACCCCGCCGUGAAUCACGAAAUGUCGACGACAAAUAUACGCGGCCCUUUAAAGAUACCUUCCUCCGGUUGUUUCGAUUUCGUCCUCCGUUUCGGUUUUCCGGAUUCGUCUUCAGACACGAUAUCGAAUUGAUUCGGUAUCCGGGUAUCGUUCGGAAUUAUUUGAUGUGAAUCUUCGGUGUACGGAAAUCGGACAACAUGGUCUCGAGAUACGUGACUAAUGGACCCGUGAAACAGGAUGGGAUUUGCUUGUUGCCCCCGCCGCACUUCAGGAUGAUGACUCCGCCAAGACCCGAAGGAUAUCCUGUGUCUACGCCUCCCGGGCCGUAUGUUCCGUCGCAGCAGCCUAACCAAGGGGGUAAUCAGGGUCCCGGUCUGAGGGGUAUCACGCCGACGGUGCCUCCGAAUCAGGCCUCAACACCACCGAAUGCGGACUUGAAAGUACAGCCGCUGCAGCAGCAUAUGUUCGUUCAGCCUCCCGUUAGACCAGCUCAGGGGACCUAUUAUCGGACUAACGGGCCACCAAGUCAAGGCCAAAGGAUGUCUAACCAUAACAGACCUCAGCAACAACCUCUCUAUACGCCUCAGCCGUCUCCGUACAUGCAUGUUUCACCUAUGUACAUACCUACUCCGAACACGAUGGCGUACCCAACUGGGUUUCCUGCGCAGCGACCGCCAGGUUAUCUUCAGACGGUUCCGACUCAAAUCUACACUCCACAUCUGUCGGCGGCAGCUUUUAACCAUUUCAGCGGGACACCAGCCCAGGCGCAACCCGUUCAAUAUUACAAUUUCGGGCAGGUGAUGCAGCAGCGGGCUCCUGGCUCCAUUCAGCAGGUGUCCCCAAUGAACGCGACCCCUUCCCAAGCUCCUUUACAAAAUGUGUCGCUGCCCCAGAAUGGUCCUCCGCUCCAACAGCCAUUCCAACAGCAGCAACAGCAGCAGAGGCAGGUUCACAAACGAAGGCCGAACGCAUUAAAAAUCAUCGACCCCAACACGGGGGCCGACCGACUGCAGGAGAUCUUCGACGAUGCAGCCGCUAGUUCACAUCCGCCAUCAGGCGAAUCAUCGGCACGGCAGACGCCGCAGCCGCCCCCCGCGCAGCAGACGCACAACAAGGAGGUGCAAGCCGCCUUUGCCAAGCAGGUAUUGCAAGCCAUCAACAAGGACGCCCUGGAUCUCCCCGUCCCGAUGAGGCUUGAGGAUACAGACCACGAAGAGCGCUUUGCUACCCCCCCUCCACAGUCAACUACACUUAUGUCCAAGUUUGAGCAUGUCGCUCAAUCGAGCAAGUUGCAGCCCGGGGCAAAGGAAUUCGUGUUGAACACAAAUACCGCCAAAGAAACGCCGAUAGUUUCGGCCAACGUAGACUCUGCCGAAGUCACUUUACCUAAUAAGUUACCCAAAGACAGAGAAAGCCCCGUGAAAGGGGGCCGCAAGCCCAGAGAACAGGCACAACAACAGCAGCAGCCGCAACAACAGCAGCAGCCGCAGGUGGUACUGCAGCAAGAGAUCCAUCUGAGGGAACUCAGAGACUCUGCGAAAGAGACGACUCCCCUCAGGAACUCUAUCAGUGAUAAAGAAGCUUCCAUUGUUAAAGAUGAGGUUAAACCAGUUCCGGAACCGACUCCGGUGGCCGUCAUUUCUUCCCCAAGUCCCCCCGUUCAGGCGGUCGUCGCCCCCGUCAAAGAAAAUCAAAUUUCAGAGAAAAAGACGCAGCAGAAAAAAGACUCCAAGGCCGAACAAAAAGCAGCAAAGAGCGUCGAAAAAUUCGAACCGCCACCGCCGGCGGCAGUUGCCGCCGUUCCCGUUCCUGCGCCCGUGCAACAGUUACCAACGCCCCCCGCUCAAGACGUUAAUGUCAAUAGUGCUAAAAAACAAAAUGCCUCGCGAGCAGCUUCAAAACAGCAACAGCAGCAACAGCAAUCUGCCUCCCACAACAAUAAUCACAAACAGGCGGCGGCUGCUGCCCCGACGCCUCAGCCAGCCAAACCCGCCGGCGGCGGAAAAGCCCACAAGAAGAAUGAGCUGAACCAAAAGGGGGCUAACAAGGAAGGCACCGACAUGGAUGCCUUCAACGACAACGUCGCCAAAGAGGAGAUUAACGCUAACGUAACAACCGCCCCAGCCCCCAUUCCCAGCCCGCCACGAACUAAUGACAUUAAUGCCAAUUCGGUGCCUGAAAUGGAGACGACGCCCGUCGCGAAGCCCGAUAUUAACGUCAACGUGCCCGCGAAGAAACCAGAGAUCGAGGAAAUAAAGCCCACUGCAGUCACGAAGCCUCUUCCGGAACCUGUCGUGGCCCCUUCGAAACCCGCUUUGGCCCCUUCGAAACCGGUCAAAAGCAACCCCAAGUUUGACAUUACCAGCAUCGUUACGGAAAAACCUAAAAACAUCAAACCGUUUAUCAGCACCGUCGAGAGUCACGACGAAACAGACAGGGCGAGGGCCGUCUCAAAUGACAGGUUGUCGCAGGCUAAGAACGACGCCGGCGCCAAGAAUGAUAUAUCCAAGCUCGACCCCAGACUCAACACCAGGUUGCCUUAUAGGGAGGGUCAGUGGUCGCCAGCCAACCCCAGCGGUUUGAAAGUUUAUCAGCGCGACUUUCUUAUGGCACUGAGAGAUUCUCCAGCAAGUCGGAAAGUUCCGGAAAACAUUCCGGACGUUAUAUUGGCUGAUGAAAGAGGCGGUCUCAGUGAUGGAAGGUCUUCGAUGGGUGGCAGAUCCUCAGAUUUCGCCCCUAACUACAAUAAUUAUGGAAGUAGAUCGAACUCUCUAAGAGGGGCUAUUCCCAAACGAGGCAGUCAAAGUAAGGCCGGACCGAGUGGCAAGCCGAAGCAGCCGGCGAUGAAGGUGUCAUUAUCGGUGAAAGGAGACGUGAAACUGAACGAGGUCGAAAACGCUUGGCGCCCCGCUCGUUUGAACAGAGGUGAGAACGCCACAUCGGAAGACAAGAAGACCGAGGAGCUGUACAAGAGGGUGCGGGGCGUGCUGAACAGGCUGACGCCCCAGAAGAUGGACACACUGAUAUCGCAGGUGAAGUCAUUCCAAAUUGACACCUUGGAGAGGCUGCAGGGAGUCAUUGAUUUGUGUUUUGAUAAGGCGGUCGACGAGCCAAGCUACGCAGUCGCUUAUGCUUGCUUGUGCAACCAAUUGGGGUUAUUGCAGGUUCCAACGUCGGAAAGUACGUCAGAGCGACCAGAGUUUGUUAAUUUUCGUAAGUGUCUGGUUACUCGAUGUCAAUUGGAAUUUGAGAAACAGUCUGUCAAUGAAACUGGGCGGAAUAAGAUUCUGAAACAGAUCGAGGAAUGCACUGAUCCCGAUAAAAUGAAAGAUCUGCAGUUCGAAUUGGAGGAGCAUGACAGGAAAUUGAGGAUGAGGUCUGUGGGAACCAUUAGAUUUAUCGGUGAGCUGUUCAAACAAAAGAUGUUGACUGUCAACAUCAUGAUGAGGUGCUUGUCGAUCCUGCUGGAAAACAGGGACGAAGAGAGUUUGGAAUGCCUGUGCAAGCUGAUGACAACUAUAGGAAAAGAACUCGAAACGAACAAUGUCAGUCUCAAUCAAAUUUUUUCGUCGCUGAAGGUAAUAGUGGAGAACAAACAGCAGCCAAAAGUGAGCAGUAGAAUAAGGUUCAUGAUCCAGGAUGUGAUCGACUUGCGGCAAUCGAAAUGGGUACCACGUCGUCAAGAUGUCAACCCCAAGACGAUUGACCAGAUACAGAAAGAGGCGGAAACGGAACAGAUGAACAUUCAGAUGAUGAAUUCAAUGCCUCCACCUUCAAGAAAGGACGACAGGUCGAAUCAGGGAAAUCAGAAUGACAGGAGAGGAGGACGUGGUGUCAGGAACAAUAUGUCUGACGAUGGUGGCUGGACCACCAUGAACAACUCCAGGAACCGCAACCAAUUCUCAGUCCAAACCGACAAGCUCAAGAGCAAAGCGCCAGCCACUGAAGAACCUUUGGGUAAUCCCUUGAUGUUUGGAGCCUGGGGAAAAGGAUCUGUGGGUUCGAACAACAAAGUUCCUGCCUCGCAUAGCCCCAACAUGUAUGCAGCAUUGGAGAACAUAGACAUGGACAAACGUGGCAUGAAUAUACGAAUAGGUGGCAACAAAGACCCGUACCACUCGAAGGGCCCCAGCUUGGAGAGGAACUACAACAAAUACGACGGUAGGGGUUCCAGAUCGGGCUCGCAGCACAGGUCAAACGAUAAUUCAGGUCCAUCCUCACAGCGAAGUACGCCGGCUCCCUCGUUCGCCCCGCCUGCUUUACAGAAACCGGUCGCUGCUCCUCCUGCCCCAGCAGAAACGCCCAAGAUGACAGAAGAACAGAUUGAGAGGAGGAUAUCCAACAGUCUGGAAGAGUAUAUAAAUGGAAAUUGUUCCGUUGGUGAAUACUUUGAAGAAAUAUCGGAAAUUCCUGCCUCUUACAUGAGCAGAGUCGUUUGCGAUAGUUUCUUUUAUGUAAUUGAGAAGAAGCAGCAUUAUCGUUUGAAGACUGGACUUCUAUUCGCCAAUUUACUGAGGUCAGAAAAGAUUCAGCUGAAUGAUUACAUCAACGGGCUGAAAGAGGUUCUGCCUCAAGCCGACGAUCUUAAAAUUGACAUUCCCAAGAUUUGGGACUGUUUAGCCGAGUUGUUAGUGGAUGUGAUUUGCGAAGAAGUACUCCCUCUACGAGAGCUCCAUUCGUGUUGUCACGUUCUCAUCGAACAGAAACAGGCUGACAAGUUGUUAGCUCCGCUGUUUAAAUUAGUGGUUAGCAGAAAAGGUCCAAUGUUCUUGAGUAGCAUAUGGAAACAGUCGAAUCUGCGAGUGGAGGAUUUCGUUAGUGAUAAUGUUGCUGCUGGUUUCAUCCAAGACAAUCAAUUAGAAUUUUUAGUUGGCGGCAAAAUAAAAAUGUCGUUUGAGGAAAUGCAAGAGGCGUUAUGCAAAGUUAUAUCGACUAGCAGUGAAAUUGACUCGAUUAGCAAUUGGAUAUCUAGCAACAUAGAAGGUCAAAUCAAGGAAAACACUUUCAUCAGAGCACUUGCUACAGCGAUAACUAUUGUGUCACUAGACAACAAGUGUAAUAAAUUAUCAACGUCCAAGCUUAAUGCUUUUCAGAAAUUGAUUACCUUAUACGUUGACAACGACAGUGACAAGGAGAUGCAGUACCUGUAUGCCAUACAGACUUUAAUUAACAAAAUGGAGCAUCCUCAGGGUCUUCUACUCCAAAUUUGCAAUGGCCUGUAUGAUUUGGGAGUGAUUUCCGAAGAAAGUUUCCUCGCAUGGGAAAAAGAUGAAGACCCGGCUGAACAGGCGGGUAAAGGAGUUGCUCUAAAACAGCUGACGUCGUUCUUCAUACAACUGAAGGAAAACGACGAAGACGAAGAAGAUGAAGGUUCUGCAUCGGGAAAUUAACAAAUGCCCCCUUCGGUGCCAGUGCUAGUGCCGUCUACAUAGACAUGAAAUAAAUUUUAUAAAUAAUUAUGAAACACGUCGUGUUUUAACUGAAAGACAGAAAAACAAAAGUAGCUAAAUUAUAU